AUGGCACUAAAGAAGAAACCAGAUCAGUCCGGGAAUUCGGGGCAGGACAAAAAGUCGGAGCCGCCUAAGAAAGUGGAACAACCCAAGAAGACAGAACAAUGUAAGAAACAGGCGCAGUCCAAAACACCAGAGCAGCUCAAGAAAUUGGAACCAUGCAAGAAAUUGGGGCAAUCUAAGACCUCGGGGCAACCCAAGAUACCAGAACAGCCUAAGAAGUCAAAGCACCUUAUGGAUUCGGAACAGUCUACGAAACCAGAACAGAAGCUGAAGAACCAAGAGCAGGAAAAGCCAAAAGAGGUGAAGAAAUCAGAACAGGCUGUGGGCCAGCUUGGUCCGCAGACUGCGUCAUGCCAAGCCCUCAUUCGCACAGCCUGUCCUCAAUAUCUGACGUCUCAGGAAUUUGAGCAGAUAAUUAGACAAUUCAAAAGUUGUCCAUGGCUGGAGAAUAAGCAGGUGUUAUGGAGCGGGUUGAUGAAGGAUCAGGUUCAAGAAUGGGCAGCUCAACGAGGGAUGCAGACGCUCACCACCGCCAUGGGACCAUUGAUGGACUCGGGCAAUCCCCUAUGCUUGCGACAAACGAAAAGCUCCUGCGCGUGGUCAAAGUAUAUCAAAGGAGCUUCCCUUGUCUUUGCGUGGCGUAUUUCUCAAGGCUCAUACACUACCGUCCUAACUCCGCCACCGCCAGAACGGUUUCACCCAGACGGUCUAACCAACUGGCAAGACAUAGAGGAGCCCGUCCUGAAGGGUCGUCUAGGCACUCCGACGUCAUGUGCAAUCUUGCUAGUUCAUCCAGCUGUCCAAGAAGCUCAAAGUUUCCGCUAUCAGGUGUGGCCGAUAGACUACACAGAUAAAUGGCUCGAGAAAUUCAAGGUCAAUCAAGCCUCGAUUCACACCUGGAGAACUAUAUCUAAAUCAAGAGCCCACACAUCAUGGAUGGUCCCUACUGACGAGCCACUCAAGUCGGCGGAUAGGAUCAAGUUGAGCAACACACGCAAAGCCAAUGCCGUAACACUAGCCAGCACAGCUUCGAGGAAUGACAAUGCCUCCGCAGAUCCAAGAUGUUUUCUACAAAGUCAAGUAAACAUGCCUGAAAUUGGAUUGGGUGGAGAGAAGAGACUAGCUAUGCCAAAAGUCACCAAAGCUUCAGGCACUACGAUGUCACCUCCCGGCCCAACACUGUCUCUACAAAACGAACAGAGCAGACGUCGAGUUGGAGUUGAUGCAGCAACUCAGACUAUCCAAAUGUCGUUCCCUGGGUCACAAAUCGUCAACGUCUCAAGCGAUGAAGCCCUACCCCCUGGUCCAGGAGGCCAGCCGCAAUGCCAAAAGAGCAUGGGCCAGACUGAAGCAGGUACAGAGACGAGGCCGGCCGUACCCAAGAGUCUCCAGAAUAUUCCUCGAGCUCGCGCGAAUCAAGAGGCGAUUCAACUCAGUAGACCCGGAGAACCUGCAACGGGCCCAUCGCCUUCUGCGUCCAUUACAGAAGCUCCAUCGGCUUUCUUGGUGUGUCUGUAUUUGGCAAUUAUCGAGAUCAUUCUAUCGUUGCUGCUGCUUCUGAUAGGAACUGCCGUACACCUUGGUUUGAUGCCAUGGAACAGGGCCAAAAUGAGUGAAAUCAAGACACCAUGUCCCUCUACUAAUGGCGGCUCGGCUUCUCAAGCAAUACCAGUGAAUUCAAAGGCUGCCAAGAAAGCUGCUAAGAAAGCGUCAAAACGGUUCAUCAAAAAACAGUCUUUGAGAGAAGCUCAAGAGACACUGGAAUCUGGCGUGGCCAUCGGGAGGCUUUUCCACAAAGACAAACUAGUGGACAAACCCCAGGCAGUCUAUGUUGAUACCUCCAGCACCUUGAGCAACUUUUCAGCGCCAACAGUAACAGUAUAUGGAAUGGAUUUUGCAAGCCACGAUCUGCCUGGACAUAAAAGGAAAGAUAAGAACAAAAGAAAGAAGGCGACGGCGGUUGCGAGCAUCACUGCGGAAGAUGCGCAAGUCACCGCGUUCACACAGCCUACAAGGGAAUAUGCAUACAGCUGUCUUGGACCAGUGGACCCCAGCGCGCUGAGGAAGUCCUACUGGGUAGACUGA